ACAACAACGCAAGCGUACAGCGAGGUUUCAAUUUUUUUCACUAAAGCCGGACUCGGGCCGCAUCGCAACAAGGUUGACGCACUGAGGCAAAAACGAACGAACGACCCCAACCAGGAGAAUGUCUGAACCCAUGUACCGCGAUUGGAUUUUGGACACUAUUGACUCACUGCGGUCGCGAAAAGCCAGACCAGACCUUGAAAGAAUUUGUCGAAUGGUCCGGAGACGACAUGGAUCAGCGCCAGAACAAACCAGCGAGGAACUCGAGAAACUGAUCCAAGAGCAAACAGUCUUGAAAGUUAACUACAAGGGCUCGAUUUCCUAUCGAAAUGCAGCCAAAGUAGUCAGAAGAAGCAGGAAAAAGGAUGAUCACACGACCAAAGAACUGCGGUGGAAGAAGCUAACCACUCUGAUUUGAGCAACGGGGACAGCGCGCUAGGUCCCCUUGACCAGGAUGAGACCGAGCAUUUGGAGAAUGAGCUGCCAGUGUCAAUGGAGACAGACAGCACCAUGGAAGAGGAGGAAGAACAGGAGGGGGCUGAUGAAGAUGGCCAUGAGCGCUCCUCUCCCUCUCCUGGGGGUGAGGAUGCUGUGCAGGGGGGGUCUGGUGCUGCCCCCCCCUACUCUGCCCCCUGCUCCCCCAGCGGCUCUCGCCCUGGCCACAGCCCUGUGUCUGACCGCCCCUCUACCUGCAAGACCAGUAAGAGGUCCAGCCCUCUGUCCCCCUCUAGUCCCCUGGCCCUCAGGCAGAAUGACUGUGUGUGUGACUCUGCCUUCUGCCCUGCUGAUCAUGGGCCCUCAGGGAUGCAGAGAAACACAGGAACUGGGGCUUUAAAGACGAUAGUACAGCCAUCGGGGACCUGUCCCUGGGUUCAGAAGAGCUUGGUGAAGAGAGAGAGAGAGGAUGGGGUGAGGAUGGAGGAGAAUGGCCUCACUUCUGACCAACUGGUUCCUGACUGUGUGGAUGAGACCAUGAAGGGUUCUGACAGACAGCCCAAGACGUUGUCUUUUCCCUCUGACGACUGUGAUAAAUACAAGAAGGGGAUGGACGUGGCCUCUUACGUGAUGGCUCAAGACGAUGUCAAGAACGAUGUGAAAAACAGAGAAAUCUCUGUGAAGAAAGAGACGCUGAGGCAGAACCUAUUGCUGUGGAGCGUGGCGGAUGUGGCCACCUACAUCUCUGCUGCAGGCUUUCCAGAGCAGGCUGUAGCUUUCAGAACACAGGAAAUUGAUGGAAAGUCCUUGCUCCUGAUGCAGCGCAGUGACGUGUUAACUGGCCUGUCCAUCAGACUUGGGCCCGCCCUAAAGAUCUACGAGCGCCACGUGAAGAUGCUGCAGAGGACCCACUUCCUGGAUGAGGAGGAUGAUCUCUGACCACGGUUGGGGGAACAGAACAACACACUCCUCUGAGUAGCAGAUGUAUUCAUACAGUAUACACACAUACUGUGUUCACUGGAUCUCUAGAACCUUCUGUAAUCAUUCAAGGAGGUGUGGGGAAAAGGACACCGUGGUCAUGACUUGGGCCUUGACAGUGAUUAUCAACAUGUGUACGUGGGCUUCCAUUCCACCUCUCAGUGGUACUGCUGUCACCUGACCCAUUCUGGUGGUAUUGCUUUUAUAGGACCCCUCUCUAAACCCAUAUAGGAAUGUUAGGAUCCUGCCUAAUGACGCUAUAGAAGUCAAAUGGAGGUCUGCCUGUUCUCUAAGGGGAGGUCUGCCUGUUCUCUAAGGGGAGGUCUGCCUGUUCUCUAAGGGGAGGUCUGCCUGUUCUCUAAGGGGAGGUCUGCCUGUUCUCUAAGGGGAGGUCUGCCUGUUCUCUAAGGGGAGGUCUGCCUGUUCUCUAAGGGGAGGUCUGCCUGUUCUCUAAGGGGAGGUCUGCCUGUUCUCUAAGGGGAGGUCUGCCUGUUCUCUAAGGGGAGGUCUGCCUGUUCUGUAAGAGGCGGGUCAGUGAGUGCAGCCAGUGUGAAAGACUUUCUCUGGAUUCCUCAGACUCUACACUUGGCUACCACUGGAGCCUCCUUUAAAAGACUGGUUUCUGUGCUCCCUGAGUCAGUUCCACAAGAAAAUAAUAACAUGUAUACUUGGAAUAUCUGUUCCAGCAAAUAUGGUUCUUGCAUUUCGUCAAUGUUUACUCAGACAGUAUUUUUGUAAAGACAUGUCAUAUGGUACCCUCCAUUUAUCUAGAAACUCAACGCUGUUUUUCUUUUAUGAUGACAAUGUGAACUGAUUUAAUUUGAGAAUGUACAGUAUGAAUUUGUUGAUUCAUCAAAGGUCAUCAAAGGUCAGUGAUCUCUCAUUAUACCAGCAAAGGAAAUGGAGCUUAGUCUCCAGAUGUUGUCAUGGCUUCACCAGAACUGACCUAGGUUUUACUACUGUUGUUAUCUGUUUCACUAACAUUUCCAAAUAGCAAUAUGUAGUACCUGCUAAACUAAGGCAACAUAAUAUGUUCUUUGUAUGGUUGCCUUCUGCAUUCCUCUUCCCUUAAUUUAUGUUCACGUCAUUUCUAAACAUUUUAGAUGAAUCUAAUUUAAUUAACUGUGGAUGAACCUAGAUUUCAUCUACAAAAUUAAAACCGUUUGAAGCAGAAUUCUAGUUGAAAUGGGCUGGCAGACCAGAACCAACGUAGCUCGAGGCCCCAAUGUUUCUGCCUGCUUCAGUUUGAGGGGAGAGAAACAACUGAAUUAUGGUCUUGUUUUUUUUUUUAAGGGAAAAUUAUCCAACCCAAAAAUGUAACUUCAUAACUUUAGGAAGUGUAUACAUUUUCUUUGCUUACAACUUUAACACAGCAACACAAUUCCCCACGACAUGGUAGACAUCUUGCUCAUAUUCAACAUUGUUGUUAUCUGAGAGGAUUACAAUGAGGUCUCUAAUUUUGCCUUGUGGCUUCUGCUUUUGAAACAACGUCACAUUCCAUAUUUCCAUCUGUUACGUGUUUGAUGUCACACUGUUAAUUGCGAUGUUGGCCCUGUUUCCAGGGGGGAAAUGAAGUUGUCUUUUCCACUCUU